AGUUGUUCUGUCCUUGUUUUGAUCGGAUCAGCUGAUUUUCUGCCUUGUUCUUGUCUCCCUUACGGUAGAUGGUUACCUGCUUGACAGAUCUUUUCUGAAUCUCAUAGACCUUCGGCUCGCAGUUGACCAGUGUUACCUGGCUGGUGUGUGAGAUUAUCCACUCGUGCUUGCAGAAAGAUUGUUCAUGAUUUCAUCAGACAGCGAAGAGGAACUGUACACUGAGAGGACGGCUCUGAUGUCAGCCAACUCCUCUGCAAUGCCCUCCUAUCAAGAGAGGGACGGGACACCUGGUGCUGCCAAUGUCCGGUCUAACCGGCGACGAUUGGCAGCCAGUCAACCGGCAAAUCCUGAGGAGAGGAGCAGUGGCACCGAAAGUGGGCCUGCAAGCAGAGAUGCAGGCGGGGAGGGUGAGGAGGAAGAAGAAGAGGAGCUGAUUCUAAAGUAUGGGGCGAAGCACGUCAUCAUGCUGUUUGUGCCUGUUACACUUUGUAUGGCGGUUGUGGUAGUGACAAUUAAAUCUGUCAGCUUCUACACACAAAAGGAUGGGCAACUAAUCUACACCCCAUUUACCGAGGAUACUGACUCUGUUGGACAACGUAUCCUCAACUCCAUCCUGAACACAUUAAUAAUGAUCAGUGUUAUUGUCGUAAUGACUAUAAUUCUUGUUCUUCUUUACAAGUAUCGAUGUUAUAAGUUUAUCCAUGGAUGGCUGAUUCUCUCGUCUCUCCUGUUGCUAUUCCUCUUCACAUACAUUUACCUGGGUGAAGUCUUUAAGACGUACAAUGUGGCCAUGGACUACCCCACCCUGAUCCUAAUCAUUUGGAACUUCGGAGCAGUAGGAAUGGUUUGUAUCCACUGGAAGGGACCUCUGCAGCUCCAGCAGGCUUACCUCAUCAUGAUCAGUGCACUGAUGGCCUUGGUCUUCAUUAAAUACCUUCCUGAAUGGUCAGCCUGGGUCAUUCUUGGCACAAUAUCUAUUUACGAUCUAAUAGCAGUGCUGUGCCCUAAAGGUCCCCUACGUAUGCUCGUGGAAACAGCACAGGAGAGAAAUGAACCAAUAUUUCCUGCCUUAAUAUAUUCAUCCACAAUGGUUUGGUUGGUUACGAUGACAAAGCGAAGUAUGGACCCUGACGAGCCUCUGAACUAUACUUGUAAUGCAGAUAAUUAUCGUGAUGUGGAGAUUGAGGCAAAUCACCACGCUGCUGAGGGAUUGAACAAUGUUGCUGAUUUGCCUCCAACUCAGAUUCAAGGGGUGCGCCAAUCAGCUGCCGGGGGAGAGGAACUCGAGGAAGAAAAGGGCGUGAAACUUGGUUUGGGGGACUUCAUCUUUUACAGUGUCCUGGUGGGCAAGGCUGCUGCGGGUGCCAGUGGAGACUGGAACACAACCUUGGCCUGCUUCAUCGCCAUUCUGAUUGGAUUGUGCCUCACGCUCCUGUUGCUGGCUGUGUUUAAGAAAGCUUUACCAGCACUCCCUAUUUCCAUCACCUUUGGCCUGGUGUUCUACUUCUCCACUGACAACCUGGUGCGACCUUUCAUGGACACACUCGCUUUUCACCAGUUCUAUAUUUAGGAACUCGAUUAAAACUCCACUUUGCUUGGACUGAUGACAGGUGCAGGUUUGGGGAAAUUUCAGCACUGAUCUUACCUUGUGGAGGUCCAGAAGGGGGGAGAAAAGGGAUCAUUUAUAUAUUCAUAAUUUAAUGAUGCAAAUGUUAUAGCCAUUUUGAGUCUGACAAAUCGUGCAAGAUUGAAUUUUAAGAAGAGUCUUUAUAGAAAUAAAAGUAUGUUUAUUAGUAACUGAAAAA